AUGCCCGACCCUGGUAGCUGCUUAUGUCCGUUCUUUAUCCCAUCCAAUCCAACAUACCAUCGUGCCUCAAGCAAUAAUCGGAUCCAGUGCCACUCUGACUCCGCUUUAGGUCCCUCUGAAUGUCGCAGUACGCUUCUCGUCUUCCAGGAAUGGAGCAUUGUAUUCGGCAUUGUGAUUUCGUAUUGGACCAGUUUUGGCACACGAUACAUGGCCGGUGAAUGGUCCUGGCGUCUCCCCUUCCUCCUCCAAAUUAUGCCCCUAUUCAACCUAGCUGCCGGGAUAAUGGUCCUCUCAUUCUCGCCUCGCUGGCUUGCCUCCAAGGGCCGGAACAAGGAAGCACUGCAGAGUUUCAGCAGGCUGCGCAGGUUGCCCAUAACCGACAGGCGCGUCCGCCAGGAGUACAUGGACAGCCAAGCCGAACUGAACUGCUUUCGAAAACGAACCUGGCGCCGCAUCCACAUUGCCAUUAUGAUUCCUUUCUUCCAGCAGUUUUCCGGGAUCAAUGCGCUGAUUUAUUACUCGCCGACUUUUGAGACAAUGGGAUUUGACUUAAGCAUCCAGCUGAUCAUGUCUGGGGUCCUGAACUCUUUACAGCUUGUCGGGUGCACGAGCACAGUAUGGACGAUGGAUACCCUGGGCCGACGUAAACUUCUGUUCGCCGGCUCGGUCAGCGAAACCAUCUCACACAAUAUCAUUGCUGCUUUGGUCGGCAGGUACAGCUCCAACUGGGCGUCGCAUCAGACCGCGGGCUGGGUCAGCGCGGCUUUCUUGUUGGUGUAUAUGGUUGCCUUUGGCGCCGCCUGGGGACCGGUGGGCUUGGCGAUACCCUCCGAGAUCUUCCCUUCUUCUCUCCGCGCCAAGGGCGUCGCCAUCGCCACGUGCUCAAACUGGCUGAACAACUUCAUCAUCGGGCUUAUCACGCUGCCGCUCAUCGAGGGGACGGGAUACGGCACCUACGUCUUCUUCGCCGUCUUCUGUGGCCUCUCUGGUAUUUGGACGUUCUUUUUCGUGGGAGACGAUGGGGCGCACGCUCGAGCAGAUGGACCAUGUUUUUAG